GAAUUCUUUAUCCUUUUCGUGGCUUCCCUCGCUCUUCUUGUAUCAGCGGGUUCACAGAUUGCCGCACCGUACUUCUUUGGUAUGGUCAUCACCGCAGCCAUGGAACCUGGGAUGAAAAAACUAAACGAGACUAUCCUGAUCCUUCUGUUAAUCUAUAUUGGUGGUGCUAUUGGAUCUAUGAUAAGAGCAUGGCUUUACACUCUGGCUGGACAGAGAAUAGUCGCACGGAUAAGGAAGCAGUUGUUCAACGCUAUUAUUCGUCAAGAGGUUGCCUUCUUUGACACCAACAGAACUGGAGAGCUCAUCAAUCGCUUAUCGUCAGAUACUCAAGUGAUACAGAAUGCAUUAACGGUGAAUAUUUCCAUGCUUCUGAGAUACGUUAUUCAAAUCCUUGGUUCAAUAGUCUUCAUGUUCACACUCAGUCCUAAGCUGACUGGUGUGCUUAUCUCUGUUGUACCGAUCAUCGGGGUAGGAGCCCAACAAUACGGAAAAUUCGUCCAAGGUAUUAGCAAAAAGUAUCAAGAUAGACUAGCAGAAGCAUCAGCCGUAGCAGAGGAAUCUAUUGGCAACAUUCGUACUGUUAGAUCGUUCUCCCAAGAACCGAAAACCAUGGAUAAAUACGCAGAAGGCAUCCAUAAGAGCUACCUGCUCGGUGCUAAGCUGGCUAUUGCAUCUGGUGGUUUUAGUGGCAUAGUCAUGUCUAUCGCUCAGGCGGCAAUCGUAUUGGUUCUUUGGUAUGGAGGUAAACUUGUUAACGAAGGCGAACUCAAUGUUGGCAUUCUUACAGCCUUUAUGUUGUAUACCCUAAACGUGGCCAUGUCGUUUGCCUUCUUGUCUUCCCUUUAUGGAGAUUUUAUGAAGGCUGUCGGGGCGUCACAAAGGAUGUUUGAAUUAUUAGAUCGUGUACCAGAAAUACACAUAGAGGGUGGACUUGAACUGGUCUCUUUGGAUGACUCCAUAAUAUUUGAGGAUGUUUAUUUCCAUUAUCCGACUCGACCUGACACCGAUGUCCUGAAGGGACUCAGUUUUAAGAUCGAGCCUGGCGAGACGGUAGCUUUAGUUGGUCCGUCAGGUGGGGGUAAGUCGACGGUCAUUGGUCUCCUGGAGAGAUUUUACGACCCUGUAACAGGAAGCAUCUGCAUUGGAAAUGUGGAGAUUUCGUCGCUUAAUUUAAGUUGGUAUAGAAGAAAACUGGCUCUGGUUAGCCAGGAACCGGUGCUGUUUGCGACGACCAUUGCUGAGAAUAUUGCUUUUGGGAAAGACGCAACGCAAGAAGAGAUCGAAGAGGCAGCCCGUCAAGCCAAUGCCCACAACUUUAUUAUGUCAUUUGAGGAUGGAUAUAAGACCCAAGUGGGUGAACGUGGGAUCACGUUAUCAGGAGGCCAGAAACAACGUGUAGCGAUCGCUAGAGCCCUUCUUAUGGAUCCUCAAAUCCUUCUGCUUGACGAGGCUACCAGUGCCCUUGACGCAGAGAGUGAGUAUUUUGUACAAGAAGCCAUAGAUCGUGCUAUGGUUAACAGGACUGUUCUUGUUAUUGCACACCGACUGUCUACUGUCCGUAAUGCUCACCUUGUUCUCGUUAUGGAAAAGGGUUCAAUUGUCGAGCGAGGAAACCACGAUUCUUUAAUCGCCCAAAAUGGUGUCUACAAAAAACUCGUUCUUCGUCAGCUGACGUCAGCAAACGAAGAUUUAUCCGAUGCUGCGCACAAUUUGGAGAAUGGCGCCAUUCAAGAAAAAGACUAACAGAUCUAUUUUUAUCUUCUUAGAAACAUUUUUGAAGGUUUUCAGAAACUUAUGAUCAUCUUUGAACACUUCAGUUGUCACACUCGUGACAUUUUGUCUUACGUCCGCUGACCUUAGUCUUUCGGGAUACCUUUAACAACAGUUUACCGAAACUACAAACCGCCUUUGUAUACAACAGAAGCAGUAUUAAUUUUCAAUUUUAUUAAUAGAACGCGCCCAAUUCUUCUUCACUUUUAUUGAAAAGUUUUGGUGGAUCAGGCGUGAGAGCAGCCUCCUACGCUUAUUUCUAAUCUUAACAGACCCUACGUCUGCGUAGGAGGAUAGCGUGAGAGCACUCGCGUCCCAAAUACAGUGGACUCUUUUUGAACAACCACUUCUGUAAACGACCACCUCCUUUUUAAGAUUUGCACAUGCGCCAAAUUAUUCAUUUGAGCAGCAAAAGUUGUUUCUCUAUAUUAGCAUCAAAGUAACAAUAAAAAUAUCAGAUAAUCGAGACAAA